UCAGUCUGACCAAUACAUUCCUUGGGGUACCAGAGUGACGGACAGAUCUGCAGAUAGGGGUCAGAGAAGCCGGCAAGGAGUGACCAGCCAGAGUCAGCAGGAGACCAGAAGAGACAGGGGAAACCAGAGACCAGAGAAACGGAGGAAAGCCUGGGAGCAGAGGACCUCAGGCUAACAUGCUGGUGUGCAGGCUCUGGACAGCCAUCAUCAAGGCGCUGUUUGCAGAGUUCCUGGCCACAGGGCUGUAUGUGUUCUUUGGCGUGGGCUCGGUGCUACACUGGCCCUCGGCACUUCCCUCCGUGCUGCAGAUUGCCAUCACCUUCAACCUGGCCACAGCCAUGGCUGUGCAGAUCACAUGGAAGACCAGCGGGGCCCACGUCAACCCUGCUGUGACGCUGGCCUUCCUCGUGGGCUCCCACAUCUCCCUCCCCCGAGCUGUGGCCUAUGUGGCUGCCCAGUUGGCAGGGGCCACUGCGGGGGCUGCUCUGCUUUACGGGGUCACGCCAGGAGACAUCCGAGGGACCCUUGGGAUCAAUGUGGUCCGGAGCAACAUCUCUGCUGGCCAGGCUGUGGCGGUGGAGCUGGUACUGACUUUGCAGCUGGUGCUCUGUGUCUUUGCUUCCACCGACAGUCGUCAGGCCUCGGGCUCUCCCGCCGUCAUAAUUGGGAUCUCAGUGGCAUUGGGCCACCUCGUUGGGAUCUACUUCACCGGAUGCUCCAUGAACCCUGCCCGCUCCUUUGGGCCCGCUGUCAUCAUAGGGAAGUUCGCAGUCCACUGGAUAUUCUGGGUGGGACCCUUGACAGGUGCUGUCCUGGCAUCUCUGAUCUACAAUUUCAUCCUGUUUCCCGACACCAAGACUCUGGCCCAGCGACUGGCCAUCCUCACAGGCAGCACUGUGGAGGUGGACAGCGUGGUAGGGGUGCACCCCCAGAAGGAAGAGUCCAAGUCCAGUCCAGGCAACACCGAAAUGGAGAGUGUGUCAGAUGACAUGGACCUCGGCCCUGACCCUCAGGCUUCGGAGAGGUGACCUAGAGGCCCAUUUACAGGAACUUUCCAGAGAAAGGAAGUCUCUGUCCCGUCCUUGAGCCAGAAGAAGCCUUUUCCAGCCCCAGACUCUCAGCUCAAUUGGGAUCCCCAAAAAGAUGUUGAAUAAGUCCAAAGGAUGGUAAGAACCCUGGGAAUGACCCAGGAAACCAAGACAUGGGGUUCAGUAUGUUGCUGGAAGACUAAUGGAGUCUCGGUUUGUUAAUACUUGAAAACUGCUAUAAAUCUACUCUGUUCACGGUUUGGGGUCUUAUCUAGAUCUUGGCUUCCCCAUCUGUAAAACGGGCACAACCCUCCCCCAGGAACUGCUGUGAAAACAAACAAGAGAUUGGAAAAUGUUUUUGGAAGUUAAAAUGCUAGAAAAACAACCCCAAUAAAUGAUGAUUAUUGUUGC